CCGGAGGAGGAACCGAGGGCGGUCGGUUAUAUAAGCGGGAAGAAGCGGCCGGAGCGAGCGGCGACAGGAGCGGAGAGCCAGCGCUGCCGUCAUGUCUUUCUGCGUCUUCCGAGGAGGGGAGGUUUAUCAGGAGCACUUCGAGCCCGGUAUAUACAUUUGCUCCAAGUGUGGCUACGAGCUGUUCUCCAGCAAAUCCAAAUACGCUCACUCAUCCCCGUGGCCGGCUUUUACCGAAACGAUCCAUGAUGACAGUGUCUCCAAGCACUUAGAACGCCCAGGAACCUUCAAGGUCUUGUGUGGCAAGUGUGGCAAUGGUCUGGGCCAUGAGUUCAUCAAUGAUGGCCCGAAAAAGGGCCAGUCUCGCUUCUGAAUAUUUAGCAGCUCUCUCAAGUUUGUCCCUAAAGACAACAAGAAUGUGAGGGAGUAAAGAAGUUGAAACACCCACUCACGCUGCACCUCGCUGACCUAUCCAACUCCAAACUAGCCAUUUGGCACGGCCCUUCUCCAUCGGCUGGGAAUCCUUUCUAUAAGAUGCGGCAGGAUGGACGUUGGCAGAUAUGAAGGGAGGAAUGGAAACUCUCUUCUGGCUUUCCUUUCUAUCGAUACCACCUGCUCACCGGACCAUUUGCUAUCUCCUGCCAUUACGUCUUCCAUUUCAAUCUUUAACUUGGAUCGAGCCCAGUUUUGUAUCUUCUUCCCAUCACCCAGACCUUUCUCCUCAUGUUUUUUACUCAGGUGUGACCAUCUUGCAUCCGUGACCAGCUACGGAAGCCUGGGUGUUUCCUCUCCGUGAAGCAGAGUGCUGUCCAGCUUUGGAUUGUGAUACCCCUAAAGAGGGCUUGGUUCUGAGCAAGAUUCUAGUCCUAUUGAUCUAGGGGCACUUUGCUCAAGCCAGUGUUGGAUCCAAGGUGGAUUUCAGAUGCCACAAACCUCUGUCAUUAUGACCCCCAUAGAGAAGCCCUGAAGGGCCAUUCUGAGAUGGGAAUGCAGAGUGGUGGACCCCCAUUCCCCUCAAACAGCCUGCUAGCAAGUUCUUUUGUCAUAGCUGCCAUUUUGUCUUCACUAUAGGGGCUUCUAACAGCCCAGGUUUGGCUUAUUGGCUUCUAGUUGCUGAUCCUUCCUGUAGGUUAUUGGGAAUGCAAAGGUGUCUCAAUGGAUAGUCAGGGUUUCAAAGCACUUUACAAAGGACUCUGAAAAUCCCUUUUUGGCUCGACCAUGGCUUCACCUGUCCCAAACCUGAGGUCAUGUGUGAAGUCAGGUGUAGCACAAGUUGGCAAAAUGGCCUCACAGGCCAAAUAGGGGAAGCCUGGCGGCCCUAAUUAGUCCAGGGGUGGAGGCAACCCACCCCUGAUGUAAAUGGUUAUCCAAGAGUCAAGGAUCCUUUGAUACAGCAACUACAAUUCAGUAGCUGUGUCCCCCCGUAUUACAGCCUUCUUCAGUCUUGGGUCCCCAAGUGUUGCUAGACUUUAUCUCCCAUCAUCCCUGACCAUUAGUUAAGCUGGUUAUGAUUAUGGGAGUUGUAGUCCAACAGCACUUGGUAACCCAAGGUUGAAGAACUCUAAUAUAUGACACUGCAUGAUGUCUUGGACCAAGCCUUUCAGCAUUGCAGUGUACUUGAUUUGUGCCCCAUGGAACCUCUUGGGUUGCUUCUGUGGUUGGGCCAACCUGACCACAUCCUCAGAAACGUCCUCACACAGAUGCGUUCGCCCAUUCUUGCCCUUUCCAUUGACCAACACUCUCUGUGGGAUGUAGCCAACUAGAAGUAGGCCCAUUGACCCAAGUUAGUCAUCUCCAUUAUUGUCAAUGGGUCAGCUCUGACUAGCAGCGGAGACAACCCUCUGUUCCUGACUGUCUCUGCAAGCAUGUCUUUGUGGCAUCUGAAACCAUAUCCUAGCAGUGCCCUACCCUGCAUUGCUGUGGGGCAUUUUCUGGCAUGGUAUCAUUGUAUGAAUUGCCCCAUGUAAACCCAUCCUGGAGAGCAGGGGUGAAGAAGGACUAUAUGAGCUAUCCAGAAAAUGCACCAGGUAAUAUUGGAUUCCCACUAUUUUCACCCCCGGUAGGGUCCUUGUACUUUUAAUGCUGCCAUGAAACUUUCCGAAUUAAUUAUUUUCAGGGCAACAAAAGUUUCACCUGCUAAAUUCACCCAUGUGGCAGCUGUGGGGAACCUGUGGCUCUCCAGAUGUUGCUGGACUCUUAUCAGCCCCAGUGAAUGUGGCCAAUAGUCAGGGAUGCUGGGAGCUGUAGUCCAACAACAUCUGGAGGGCCACAGGUACCCCACACCUGUGUUAAAGGCACAGGAACUCUCUCAGCAAACAGAAACUGGCAACCUAGUUGUCAUUUAAUGUCUGUAUACAAUAGAACUCUAUUUUUUAUUUUUUUGGUUGAGAAGGCAAUGAAUUGAGCAUCAUUUUGACAUUGGUUUGCACCACUGUGGUUGCUGUUAAGAUGUGCUAUGUUUGUAAUAAGCAGAGGCCACAGAAGGGCUGAUGAAUCACACUUCCGAUCACCAGAUUUUUUUUGAAGCAACAUGUGGAUUUGCAGGUCUUUCCUGUGAUGCAAUCUGCUGAAUGCGAGAGGUCAUCUACAGUCCCUAGACCGCUUUUCAGAUGACACUGACGAGUCCCCCAUUUUUGGACAACACGGAACUGAAUCGGAAACAUACUUUCCUUGCUUUUUUGCAGCCCCUGUUUGUAGUAAAGAUACAAACUGACUGUUUUUGCCUUGGCGGCUGAAUUCCUCUGGAUGCUCCGGAAGUCAGAAUGAAGCCUCUCGCUGAACGCUGCAUAAUUGCUCAGGCUUUAGAAACAAACAGAAGGAACCAAGAUUACCUCUCCAAGCUCAAAGGGCUAAUGCAUAAGAAACACUUGAAUCUGCACCUUUUUCUUCUUCCUCUUCGCCUUGUGUCACAAAAAUUGUUCUUCCUGCGCCUGGAAGGAGGACUUCUUGCAAAACAUGCGCCUCUUUGAUUGGCUGUUCAGCCGGUAACUGAUACUGUGAAUGUCCACCUAUGUAGGUAAUGGAGAAGAUGUGGCCCUCUGGCUCUUGCUGUACUCCUGCCCCCCAUCAGCCCCAGCCAGCAUGGCCAGCGGCCAGGGAUGAUGAGAGCUAUAGUUUAGCAAUACUUGGAGAGCCACAAGUUUCUCUUCCGUGAUCUUCCACAGACUUAGGUUAGAGGCAGACAAAGAGUUUUUUGGAGAGCUUAAGUGGAAUAAUGAGAGUGCCAUUUCCCACAGCGUCCACAUUCAUAUCUUUCCUUCUGUUUCCAUCUCUGGAUUCACCCAAACACCUGGAGAGCCCGAGAACAGAGACGAUGAGGAAAUGCACGUGCAUGCCACGGGUAGCUGUAUCCUGCCACCUUCGGUUCUCCUACCUGAAACUGGUUUAGUGGCCAUGAAUUCCUCAGAAGGCUUCCCAGGAAUUGUGGGAGGGCUCAGCAAUUCUCAGAACCUUUCCUGUAGCCAGGGUUCACCGUAGCAAAACAGCGCCAGUUAGUUCAGUCUGAGUUUAGAUGUGCCUCUGGGAUAUAUUGGUGACAAAUGUUAUCUGUCUCAAUUGGUUUCACUUAUUCUUUUGCCUUUAAAGUGAACAGGAACUUGUGCAUCCGGACAACAGACUUGAAGCAGGAUGAUAUACGUACAUCUCUGGCUCCUGACAGUGGCUCUGUCAUUAUGGUUUCUUGUUUGCCUACAUCCACAGCUGUGAGUGUAGGAUCUGAUGGUCCACGUGGCAAAAAUUGUGUCAUGAUGGAGCGUAAAAAGGGGGUUUGCUUUAUGCAGGGAUCUGUCGAGCGAACUCCCUAUUCUUUGCAAGUCAUGGCCAGACUGGGAGCAUAGCAACCUGACGUCUUAAUGCACCCAUAAAGCCAAUUUCCACACUCUAUGAAAUGAUGCAGUGAAGCUUUUCCUGGCUUAUGAAACGAAUAACGGUUAUGGGAGGGGGACCCCGCAAGAUUUGAUUUAGCAGAAGCAAACGUAGGCUGAAUGUACACGCUAUGAAUGACAAACCUAAGUUUUUUCAAACAGUGAGUGCUUCCACAUAGUUUAUUGUGGAUUCGGUGCUGCUUGUGCGUGCGAGUUUUGUGCAACAUCCACACACUUCCACGUCCUCAUCAAAAUGCCACCCCAUAUUAUUCUCCCAUUUAAUCCGGAUUUACCUUUCUGUGGAAAAUCCAGUAAGUUAAAACAAAAAAAUACAGAAACAGUAAAUCUGGAUUAAACUGGGGGGGGGGGGAGAGAAUCAGAUGGCAUUUUGAGGAGGAGGAUGUUGUGUAAAUCCUGCACAAAAUCUGAAUGCAUGAACAACACUCUGCAACAAACUUCCAUUUAUUGGAAGCGCCCCUAAGCUCUCUGAAAAGAACCCCUUGUGGCCUGCCUUCAGCCUGGUCUUAUUAGCACUGAGUGCAGGAUCAUACCCCAUCUGUUAUCAAGAUGCUUCUUCACUGCAGAAGUUUUCCAUCUCAGCAGUAUAACAAUCAACGUCCAGAAGGACAAAGUUUUGUUCAGAGCCUCGGUGAAUACUUGCGGGCAAUGACCUCUUUUUCCCCCUGGAUUUAUCUUUUUUCUGGAUGUGUACACUCAGGAUCAAAAAUUGCAGUAUUAUUGGUUAAUCUGCCCUCUGGGAGCACUUGAUAAAUGAUUCCGUGCCUGUCUUGCCUCCUCUGGAAGACAUGACAGGAAGUUUUUUUUUAAUCCGUUUUGAAUGUCACAUUGCAGCUUAGUACCUUAGCUUGGCUGCAGUUUGUAGUUCACCUGUGUAAAUAUGGAUCUGAGAAUAAUAAUCUUUUCUUGGAGACGAGA